AUGCAGGCAAGAUGCGCUCAUCCGCAUGUUCUUGGAUGGGAUGAAGCGAUCCAGCAGGGGCUGUCCAGGUUGAACUCCAAGAAAAUCCAAUUGAGAGACUGGCAGAGAAGCGUCGUCGACUCAUGGCGCGAUGGAAAAGACUCGUUCGUCCUCAGCAGUACGGGGUCGGGCAAGAGCGUGUGCUAUCAGCUACCUGCGAUGAUUAGCGGGAAGACCUGCAUCGUAGUCAGCCCGUUGAUUUCGUUGAUGCGAGAUCAGUGCGAACAGCUCGUAGAGCAAGGGGUUUCAGCCUGCUACCUCGGCUCAGCCCAGCCAGACAAGAUGGUCCAUGGGAGGGCGAUGAGCGGAGAGUACCUCCUCCUCUACAUCUGCCCUGAGACCCUCGUCAAGAUCUGCGACAGCCUGUGGCGCCUGCACCAUGAGCAAGGGAAAGUGUGUCUGCUCGCAGUCGACGAGGCCCACUGCGUCUCCAAGUGGGGACACGAUUUCCGACCUUCGUACCUCGACCUUGGUAGAGCCUUCCAGCAGCUGCAUGAUGGGCCUCGGGGAGCGAUACCUGUGAUGGCGCUAACGGCUACCGCAAGCCCUCCAGUGCGAGAGGACGUGAUGAAGAUCCUCAGGCUGGGGAGCAGCAGGAACGGGGACAUGUUCGUGUGCCUCAACUCCUUCAGUCGCCCCAACCUCUGCUUCACCGUCCACCACACCAACAUGGAUAACCUCCAGUGCCUGGAGAAGGACCUUGCUCCGUACUUCGAGUACGCGGGAGACCCAACGCUGCUGAUGAAGGGUGACAACAGGAUCGUCGCUGGGAUCCGCACGCUCAGGGAGCACACGGUCCCUCGGGCUCGGCCAAUCUCAACUUACGUUCCUCGGAUGCCUGAGAGCAACUCGCGGGGAGGGUCGAUCAUUAUCUAUGCCCCGACGCGAAACCUUGUCAAGCUGAUUGCCAUGAAGCUGCGGAAGCUCGGGGUAUCAGCAGAGCCCUUCCAUGCCGGGCUCACGAAGCAUCACCUGCACAAGGUCCAGCAGGACUUCAUGAGGAACAAGUGCAAGUGCAUCGUCGCUACCGUAGCCUUCGGGAUGGGCAUCAACAAGCCUGACGUGCGGCUGGUCGUCCACUAUGGGUGGCCACAGGGGCUGGAGCAGUACUUCCAGGAGGCAGGACGGGCCGGACGAGACGGGGAGGAGGCCAAGUGUGCUCUCUUCGUGGACUUCCGGGGGGUCCCGUCGCUGCUGCCCUCGCAGUGCGACGAGGAGCGACGAGCGACGCUGCAGCGAGGGCUGACCGCCGUCUUCCUCUACGCCGUGAGGCUCAACCGCUGCCGUCUCCAGCAGAUCCUUAGCAGGCUGGGAGACGAGGCUGCUCCUCCCUGUCGCAAGUGCGACGUCUGCAGUCAGGGCCAGCAGCCCGAGCAGCAGCUGGGCAAAGAGGCCGCCACCUUGCUGCGCGAGGUGCAUGGGAAGGGGGGGGAGACGUGGGACAGGGGAACAUGGCAGGAGGCAGUGAGUUCCUGGCACAAGAGCUGCCCGAGCCGCAGCGUGUCGUUCUGGCGGGGGCUAGCCCGGCUGCUGCUGGAGGAGGGUGUGCUAGAGGACCUGCACGCCCCUGCCUCCCUGCUGCUGCCCUUUGGUGCCCCACGGGUGACGGAGGAAGGAACAACUUUCCUAGGGCGCUGGGACGCGGACCAGCAGAACACAACGAAGAUGCUGCGACCUGAAGCUGACAUGCUGGUCUAG